AGGAAACAAGGAUCUUUGACUCCGUCAACAUCAAACGAAAGGGCAGCUGAAGAAGAAAUUACAUCGACGGAAGAACGAACUGCAGGUAGACUUAACCAUCACUAUAAUCUCAGGCCUCGUAAAAAGGUGACUUACGCCGACCAAACUACGUCUAAAAUGACAACAAUGAGCCUUUUCGUAACGGUCAUAUGCGCGUUGACGACUAUGGGUUUUGACUUCACGCUUGCGAACUGCACGCUGUGCUCAGCGCUACUGUUCAACCCAGAGUGCUGGCCCAUGGGCGCCAUAUUAGCGACAGCUCUUCUCUUCUAUCUACUCAUUACAGGGUGCUAUGUUUUCUUGUACGUGCCGGUUGUUAUAGGGAAACCAGUACGCGUUGCGGCAAAGGCCAUUUACUACGCGAUUUCUUGGAUCGGAACUACAAUUCGUAACAGGAAAUCCAAAACGCGUACUAAGAAGGCCCUUGAUUUGGUCGAGUUAUUAGCAAUAGUCAUGACCCUGGCAAUUAUUACAUCUACAGUACAGGGAUGCCAACAAAUUGAUAUCUUUGCCCAUCAGAGCACGGUAGCAGCCUUCGAUUACAAGAAUAACGAGAGACGAAAAUGGACCAUUCAGAUGCUACCAAACGUGCCAGUUAAACGGAGUGCAUUCUCCUUGACUCUUAGUUCCAUCAAUGUACCGCCCACACCGUUGUUGAACACACCGUUCAUUACGGAUGGGCAAAACAUUGCCCUGUGGGAUUCGCGUUUAGCUCCGGCAUUGCUGUGCGACAACUCAAGUGCAGCUUUAAACUUAGACUGCGAAUUCAGAGAUAACUGUGCGUGCUAUUCGGCAGAAACGAAAGCCAAUUGUAAGUGCGAAAACAUCGAUCUAGAUACAUGGUUCAGUAAUCUCCAACACCGGCUUCCAGUAAUUACCCCUUCGGUGUCAUUCAAAAAAGACCCACAAGGAGGGAUCCGAGCUACUAUGACCACAAGAACGACGUCAGAAAUAAUCUUGACUAUACAGGACCAGGUUGAAACAGAAGUCAUCGUUAAAGACGACAUUUGUGUCGUUUCUAACGCGCCUUUAACGGGGUGUUAUAAAUGUGCAAAAGGGGCAGAGGCAAGCAUCGUUUGCAAAUCCUCUAAACCCACCCAGGCAGAGAUUCGCUGUGAAGGGUCGACUUUCACCGUUCAAUGCGAUAGCCACGGAGUCCCGUCGAUCCUACAUUUCAGUUUCGCAAAGGCGCGUAUAGGACUCACGUGUACUGUAUCUUGUGGACGCGUGGAAUCUACAUUUAGAAUUGGGGGAGUUCUGAAAUUCACGCACUCUGCGCAGACGCUCAUGUAUUCGAGCAUGCUGCAGCUUACCAUUUCGCGUAUU